ACAACAUCACCAACAGCUUGGUCUGUGUGUGUGUGUGUGUGAGUGUGUGAGUGUGAGCGCUGCAUGGGAGCGGAGAGAGGCGGCGCAACGAGCGAGCGACAUAGACAGCGACUCACAGAGAGAGAGAGAGAGAGAGAGAGAGAGAGCAGGGAAGGGGGAGGCUCCAUAUUCUUUCACCUACCUCCCCGUCAAACCACAGGAAGGAGGGGCCAGACCCUAAGCUGCCAAUCAAAUCCGCUCGUGGCAGCCGGCAUUAUCUCAGCAACAAACUAUUGACAGAUUACAUGUCAAGGAGUUUAGUGCUUGAUUGAAGGAAGCCCUUUUUUUAUCUAGUUACUUUUCCGCUUUAUUUCCCCCCCUUCUCAACGCCGCCGCCACAACAUUCGAAUGACUUUCUAACAGAGUUGAGUUAUAUUAUGAAAGUUACAUGUCUGAGAGGAUUUAACUUCGACUUCCCUGAAUAUGCUGAAAGGAGUUUAUGCACUGAAACGACCUCAGGAAAAUCCAAGAUGGCCGCCAAAAGGAAAGGUGGCCUAAAACUCAAUGCUAUCUGUGCCAAGCUGAGCCGCCAGGUGGUGUUCGACAGCAGCUCCCAAAACGCAGAAGGUGACCAGAGCGUAGCAGAAAACAGUGAGCGUGGCAGUUCCCACUGCGAUGACGAGACCAACUUCCCCGAGAGCCUGAGCCUCAAUCAGAGCCUAGAGGAGGACCAGAAGAGACGCGAGGCCAUCGAGAAGUGGGUCAACGGCGAGUACGGUGAUGAGCCGCCGAUCCCCGAGGAUGAGCAGGAGAGCGAACUCAAAGUCAGCAAUGACGAAGACUGCCCCCCUGAGGGCGUGUACAUGGUACAGCCCAAAGGCUGCAGCGAUGACGAAGACAACGCCGAGGAGGCCGAGCCCGUGGCGGCGUCUCAGGACGGCAGUUACCAUGACGACAAAGAAGCUGACGAAAGGACUUCAAAAGACAACGCUUACAUGCCGCCAAGCGAGGCCCAGAGUCGCCAAGCACCUUUCUCCUCUCCAGGAGAAGCGUCGGCCCUGCGGGACUAUGCAGCCAACACCAUGAAUGAGUUUUUGGGAAUGUUUGGUUAUGAUGACCAGCAGGUAAGGGAUGAGCUGACCAAGAAGAUCAGCUUUGAGAAGCUCAAAGCCGCUACCUCAGACCCCUCAUCCCUCAGCAGUGAGGAGGCCUCCCGGCGCGCCCGCUUCUCCAAGUACGAAGAGUACAUUCGCAAGCUAAAAGCCGGCGAGACCCUACCUUGGCCCAUGCAUGCUUCCCCACCCAAACCGGACGACCUCAACUCCAAACUGGCCCAAGACAAGAGUGCUACCAUGCUCCAGACCUCCGGGUGCUUGCCAGGGGCCGAGGCACAGAUCUACCCCUCCAGCCUGGACCACAAACAGCCAGUAGCACCUCAGCUGGGUAAUUCUCAGCCACCCAACCCCUCUCACAUGCAGAACAUGGCCUCCCGAGCCUCCAAGUAUGACUUCUUUAUUCGGAAGCUGAAGAUGGGCGAGAGUUUACAGCAGCAGAACGGUAAUGCCUACAAGCGACCCUCUAAGUACGACCUGGAGAACGUCAAGUUCCUGCACCUCUUCAAGCCCGGUGACGGCAACCCUGACAUGGGCGGCGCCAUCGCCUUUAAGACUGGCAAAGUGGGCCGUCCGUCGAAGUAUGAUGUCAGAACAAUUCAGAAGCUAAUGCCAGGAAACCCAGAGGUAUCGCUGAUGCCCAACGUCCUCGCAACGGCGCCAGGGAACCCUGGAGCUCCUGGUGUCCCCACUGCAGGUGCAGCUGGGGCCAGCAUCGCCCCGGGGCUCACAAUGGACCAGACAGGACACUUAAGUUUCAACGCCUCCGACUACCUGAAGUCCAGCUUUUCCAAGACAGACUCCAUCACCACUGGCACCGUUUCCUCCGUUAAGAAUGGUCUGCCACCAGAUAAACCCGCCAGCGAUGACAUCAACCUCUACCAGAAAUAUAUUGCCAGGUUCUCUGGAAGUCAACACUGUGGACACGUGCACUGUGCCUACCAGUACAGAGAGCACUAUCACUGCAUGGACCCUGAGUGUAACUACCAGGUGAGCAGGUUUACCAGUAAGCAGGAUGUAAUCAGGCACUACAACAUGCACAAGAAGAGGGACAACUCCCUGCAGCAUGGCUUCAUGCGGUUCAGCCCUCUGGACGACUGCAGCGUCUACUACCAUGGCUGCCACCUCAAUGGAAAAAGCACCCAUUACCACUGCAUGCAGGUGGGAUGCAGCAAGGUGUACACCAGCACCUCAGAUGUCAUGACCCAUGAGAACUUCCAUAAAAAGAACGCUCAGCUGAUCAACGAUGGCUUCCAGAGAUUUCGCGCCACUGAGGACUGUGGAACAGUCGGGUGUCAGUUCUAUGGGCAGAAGACUACACACUUCCACUGCAGGCGCCCAGGCUGCACAUUCACUUUCAAGAACAAGUGUGACAUUGAGAAGCACAAGAGCUACCACAUAAAGGAUGAUGCCUACGCCAAAGAUGGCUUCAAGAAGUUCUACAAGUACGAGGAAUGCAAGUACGAGGGCUGCGUGUACAGCAAGGCCACCAACCACUUCCACUGUAUCCGCUCCGGCUGCGGCUUCACCUUUACCUCCACCAGCCAGAUGACCUCCCACAAACGCAAACACGAGCGCCGGCACAUCCGCUCCUCCGGCGUCAUGGGCCUCCCCUCCACCUUCCUGGCGCCCAAGGACGAGCCGGAGGAGUCGAGCAACGACGACCUGAUGGACUUCUCCACGAUCAGCAGCAAGAACUCCAGCCUGAGUGCCUCGCCUACGACCCAGCAGUCCACCACUGUACCGCACCUGUUGGCCACGCCCACCACCGCAGUCUCCUCCUCCACGUCGGGCCACAACCUCAAGCUCACCCCCUCGCUGCCCAGUGCAGGCCAGCGUAUGUCCAGCCUGCUGUCUCAGGCGCUGCCCAGCAACAUGCCGGUGGCCCUCGCUCUGUCCAACAGCGCCCUGGCCACCUCCAACCCGUUCUUCCCCCUCAUGCCCAGGCUGCCUCUCCAGCCGCCCGCACCAGCCGCCAGCCUGAUUUCAGCCGUGUCUUCUGGGGCCCACUCCAUGCCCACCGACUCACUGACCCAAGGCUGCUCCACGGUGGGGGCAGACGGAGCCAUGGCGUCCACCCCGACCUCCUUUGCCACCUCCUCCAUCAUGGAGAAGAUCUCGGCAAGCAAAGGUCUGAUAUCACCCAUGAUGGCCAGACUGGCGGCUGCUGCCCUGAAGCCCUCCAACAACCCAGACGCAGGGAACGGGCAGCCGGCUUCAGCCAGCCAGUUCGGUCUGGUUCAAGUGAAGCAGGAGCCGGUGGACGCAAACUCUGGGGCCUCGCAAGACUCGACACAGGAGCACAGCCUGGACCUGAGCAAGAAAGACCACAGUAAUGAAUCAAACGGACACCCUGUACCAGGGAAUACAUCUCUUUUAUCCUCGCUUAUGAAUAAGAUGUCACAGGUGAACCCGGCGCUCUUCAACGCCAUGAACCUGAAGACGGAGCUGGAGGCCGGCCAGGGCAGCGACACCUCUGAGGCUGCACAGUAUCUGAACAGAGUGCUGAAGAGGCCCCUGCCAGAAAAACCCACUGAGAUCUGGAGGACAUACCUCCGCAGGUUCGACACAGAUGACUUCUGUGAGGCUCAGUGCGACUUCCUUCAGAAAGUGCAUUUUCACUGCCUGGUGGAGGACUGUGGGGCUCUCUUCAGCACCGUGGAUGGGGCCAUAAAACAUGCUAACUUCCACCUCCGAGCCACCUUGAAAGUGAAGUCGGAGCCUCAGUUCGGCGAAGGCAAGGACGCCAGCGAGGGCGCCCCGCUGCAGCCCGUCGCUCCCGUCUCCAUGGCCAACAAUCCCUCCAUGGAUGUGGCUCAUCUCACCUCCUCCGGUGGCUACAGCUCUCCUCCUCCCUCCCUGCUGGCCUGGAAGCAGCUGACCGGCAGCAUCCCUCAGAUGCCGGCAUCGAUGCCCAACCUGCCGGCCAACUCCCCGCUGGCCACCACCUCUCUGGAGAACGCCAAGCCACAAGUCAAACCUGGUUUCCUGCAGUUCCAGGAAAAUGAUCCCUGUUUGGCCACCGACUGCAAAUACUCCAACAAGUUCCACUUCCACUGCUUGUUUGGGAAUUGCAAGUAUGUGUGCAAGACCUCCGGGAAGGCCGAGUCCCACUGUUUGGACCACAUCAACCCCAACAACAACCUGGUCAACGUCCGCGACCAGUUUUCCUACUACUCUCUUCAGUGUCUGUGUCCCAACCAGCACUGCGAGUUCAGAAUGAGGGGCCACUAUCACUGUCUGCGGCCCGGCUGCUUCUUUGUCACCAACAUCACCACCAAGCUGCCGUGGCACGUCAAGAAGCACGAGAAGGCAGAGCGCCGUGCCGCCAACGGCUUCAAAUAUUUCACCAAAAGGGAGGAGUGUGGCAGGCUGGGUUGUAAGUAUAACCAAGUCAACAGCCACUUUCACUGCAUCCGAGAGGGUUGCCAGUUCUCCUUCCUGCUCAAGCACCAGAUGACCUCACACGCCCGCAAACACAUGAGGCGGAUGCUGGGGAAGAACUUUGACAGAGUCCCGUCACAGGUGAUGCCGCUCGGACAGAGGGCGGAUGAGAUGCAGCACACGUCCGGGAUGAUGUCCGGGCCUAUGGCGACCCAACACGGCAUCACCUCCAGCUUCUCCAACAUGGCGGACGAAACCGACGACUACGUGGACUACAUGGGAGGAGGAGGAGGAGACAGCCCCUUAGGCCUCUCCUCCGAGUCCUCCAACCAGGACCGAAGCUGCACCAGCACACCUGUUGGCAACGACAGCUCCCCAGCAGGACAAGGCUGCCCCGCCACCACUUCUGCUCCUACCACCCCUGCUGACACUAGCGCUACCCAAAACGCACCUCCUUCUUCCCCUCCUCCUCCUCCACCGCCACCGCCACCUCCUCUCUCCGCUCCUCAGCCUGGCCUCCAGUCCCAGGCCCCAUCCCUCUCUCCCGCUCUCCUCCGACCUCCUCUCCCCUCACUCCCAUACCUCCUCUCUCCAUCCUGUCUGUCAUACUCUCUGCUCAGCGCCUCUCUGGGAGCCACUCGGAGUGUUGUCAUGCCAACCAACACACCAGCUUUCAGCCCCAUCAUUGCCACUCCGUCUCCGGUUAAAAAUGACGUCCCUAUAGUGCAGGAUGCUGCAGGCAACACCAUCUCCAUCCCCACGGCCACUGGUGCAAAGAAGCGUUUCUGGAUCAUCGAGGACAUGUCACCAUUUGGCAAACGCCGCAAGACCGCAUCGUCACGCAAGAUGCUGGACGAGGGGAUGAUGCUGGAAGGCUUCCGGCGCUACGACUUGUAUGAGAACUGCAAGGACUUGGGCUGCCAGUUCUCCCUGAAGGUCACCCACUACCACUGCACCCGCGAGAACUGCGGCUACAAGUUCUGCGGCCGCACCCACAUGUACAAGCACGCGCAGCACCACGACCGCGUGGACAACCUGGUCCUGGACGACUUCAAGCGCUUCAAAUCCUCCCUCAGCUGCAACUUCCCCGACUGCCAGUUUUCGGGCAACAGCACCCACUUCCACUGUCUGCGCUGCGGCUUCCGCUGCACCGACAGCACCAAGGUGACGGCCCACCGCAAGCACCACGGCAAGCAAGAUGUGAUCAGCGCCGCCGGCUUCUGCCAGUUCAGCUCCAGCGCCGACUGCGAGGUCCCUGACUGCAAAUACAAGCUCAAGUGCUCGCACUUCCACUGCACCUUCCCCGAGUGCAAACACACGGUGGUGGGCAUGUCCCAGAUGGACUCCCAUAAGAGGAAGCACGAGAAGCAGGAGCGGGGCGAGCUGCCGUCUGUGUCGCCCAAACAGGAGGCGGCGCACCACCUCGGAGGAAACAUGGCGGCUGUUCCUCCAUCCUCCCUGGGUCUUUCUACUUCCUCCCCCGGCGGCCUCCACGGUUUGUCCCACAACAUUAACAGCAGCGCUCCCUCCAUGCUCUACCCGCCCAUUGGCAUCGGUUCUGACUAUAACCACUCGUACCCGCCGUCCUCCAUCAGCCUGGACAGCUCCCUCAACCUGGGCACCGACUCCACCGGCUCCCUGUUCUUCCUGAAGAACGCCGCCGGUUUGGGCCUCAGCGACUCCCUGGACCUCAGCAAGAAGAUGCACCACGAGGCGGCGCGGUCGGGCCUCGCCGCCGCACGGUCGGGCCACAACGCCAUGACCCCGCUGGGCCUGCCGGCAGCUCAGGACGACACCACGGGAACAUCCGGAGAGGCCGAGGACGACCUGUCACCGGAGGAGGAGGCGCACGCUGAAGAGGAGGACGAAGAAGAGGAGGAGGAAGAGGAAGAGGCAGAAGAUGAGCUCAACAGUGACUCAAACGAUGAUUCGAUGGCGGAGCCCGACGGCGAAAAGGACAAUGGCGAGAGUUUUGAUGCUUCCGUUAACCACACUGAUACUUCCCAACUGGAAAAGCAAGACCCAUAAAUAAAAAAAAUAAACUAAAUGACUGUAGGAACUGCAGAAAAAUCCUGUGUACUAUAAAAAACAAAACAAAAAUGAAAGUGGCCUCAUUUAUCAUGUUUAGAGACUUCAGAUGACGACAAAAAACAACAACAGCAGCGUGGAGAAAAUGACGGCCCGAAAUGAUUUAUUAUGAUGUUUACAAGAUGACCAACAUUAUUAAUUCAAUUAUGCAUUAAAAAAUAUGAACGGAGACACACAGAGUUAGGCCCUGUUUUACACGUGGGGCAGCAAUGUAAAGCAUUUUACUACACAUCAGUCUUUUUGUGUGCGUGCAUGUUUGAAAUUAAUUUAUUUUUCUUUUUUUUUCACUUUUUGUGUGUGGAAAAAAAAAACACGUUAAGAAAAACAAAAACAAAUCUCUCUAUAUAACUAUUAUAUGUAAGUGUGUGUGCGUGUGAACGACGAUGUACAAAAGGAAAAAUGCUGGCACAGGCGACGUGAACUGCAGGGCCGCGGAUACGUAAGAAAAAAGGGACAUGAAUCACUAAAGGGGAAAGAGGAUGUGUUUCAAACAUUUGAUCUUUUUUUCUGUAUUAUUGUUGUUAUUAUUGUUAAUUAUUAUUAUUAUUAGACACUGAGAGAGAAAAGGGGGUUGCAUUUCGCUCGUUCUCGUCUCUUUGGUGUCGUUUUCUUUGUUCUCGAUGACACAUGGAUUUUGACCAGUAACUGUCUGGUCAGUCUCAGCUGCAGUCAGGCGUCCAAGAAAAGCCGCCAGCCUCAACGGUUCUCUUUGACAUUCUGCUAGAAUAAUAUGUUCAACUAGCUACCAAAAACCAAGCUUAGCCCUUGUAAUUUUAACCCCCACCCCCCCGUGGAGGAAUCAAGUUUGUGCGUUGGAUAGUGCACUUUUAUAUUAGCUGACCGUGAUGAUAGGCGACUCAUGAGUAUAUUUAAAAAAAUAUUUUUGUUACCGUUUGCAUCUUUGCAUUAGAAAUGUUUUUUUUUUCUUCUUGUUGUGUUUUUAGUCAGAAGCAUAUCGAUCUGUAAGCGGGCGAGGUUGUGAUUAACGGCCGGCGAGUCGGGUGGGAUGGGAGGGUGAGGAGGGUGAGGGUGAAAGGGGGGGGGGAGCCCGGCUGACCGGAGGAAAUGAUGAGUCACUCAGAUGCUGCGAUUGGGGAAAAAAGGAGGGGGAGAUGACGACUAGAGGAAGCGUCAGGGAGUGUGUUUCAUGUUGAAAAUGUACAGACCGAAAAAAUGUCUCAACGGCAUUUUGUUUUUUUCCACUCACUUAUGGCUGUGGUUGAGCUCCUGUUGUAAUGGUUUUUAUUUAAUAUUUAUGUGACCUUCCAAUGAGAAAAAAAAAAACAUUUUUAGGGUGUUAUUGCACUUUUUAGGUUCAUUUUUACCGUCUGAAAACAAAAACAAACAAAAAAAAAACAACUAAAAAGAAUGAUAUAUAUCUUUUAACAGGGAAUUUGCUUUAAAGAUGUUGUUUUAGUUCACUUUUGCUUUAAUGCACAAAUAGAUGUUAGUGUGACAAAGAUCUGUUGUUUCUGUGAUUUAUUUAAAAGACUGGUUUUUAUUUUUAUUUUUUAUUUUUUUUUGCUUUUCUUCUGUGAUUGGACAGCUUGAAAAAAAAAGGAAAUGUGGUGCGCCAGAAACCAAACGGUGCCCCGAUAAGAAACACUAAUACGGACUGUGAUUUAAAUUAAUUCUUAAGACGUUCAUAGCAAUGCUCACUUACUGUAGUACUAAAUUAUGAAUCUGUCAAACCACCCUCUGGUUUUUAUUGAGCGAAUAUGUACGACUGAGGAGUGGACACACUGAUCGAGGAUUAUCUCCUGAGCUUGGCAUUGGAAAUAAAUGAUCAUAAUAUAGGGAAUAAUAAUGUGUGUAGAUGAUAUUACUCCAGAUAUUGUUUUGAGAAGAAAAAAAAAGGUUGUACAGUAUUUUCCUCUGUAAAAAAUAACUAUAUAUGAACAAAAUGCUCUUUGAUGAACAGCUUCCUUUAAAAAGAAAACCGUAAGAAGGAGAAAUGAAUAAUAAAAAGUUAAAAAUUCAAGUAGCCUCAUCAUAGUUUGCUUGUGUGCGUGACCUUUUUUUUUUUUUUUUUUAUUCCCCCGGAUUUUUCCCCCAGAAGUUGUUCAUACUAUAGCAAACGGCAGAUUCCGUUAUUUGCAGUAUAUAUAAAUAUAUAAUUUUUUCUUUUUUUCCAAACUCUGUCAGAAGCUCAAACUGAAAAUACAUUGAUUUGAAUUCAUUCAUUGAUGUUUCUGUUUUAUUUAUCAGCUCAUUUUAUUCAUUGUCAUUUUUCUGUGUGCUUUUUUUUUUUUCCCCUCCUCAUUAACUGAAAUUCUUUGGUUUGUAUUUACUUUGCUGUGGGCAUGCUGCGUUCACAGACUGAACUGUCUCCCGGGACUCUGUUUGCAAAGCAGAGGCAUUACUACAUUUGUUUUUUUGUUUUUGUUUUUUUCCUCAUCAUUUGUGGAGAAUAACUGUAGGGGCUGGGAGACAUUGUGCACUUGAAUUCAGUUUGUGUGUGUGUGUGUGUGUGUGCGUGUGCGUAUGUGUGUCCGUGUGGGUGUAAAAUAGCAGGAUGUGUAAAAAGUUGAAAAUAAAGAAACUAUAAUUAUUAUGACACAUGUAGUGGCUUGAUAGUGCUUCGGCCUGAGGGACUUUUUUGGGGAAGGAGAGAAGGUGCUGCUGGAGGACGGCAGGGCGAAAGGUCACGGUAGCGCUUUUUUUUUUUUUUUUGUCUCUUUUCUAUCAGUCAGUGAUACUACUGAAGUGUGUGUUCAUGGGUGUGUUGUGUGUGGUUGUGUCUCCUCCUGAGAGAGACGGAUACGAACAGUCCUGUGGUUCGAGAUGCUUCGACUCAAAACCAUAACCUCAUGACCCUUUUCGCCUUUUUUUCCCCCCCAGUUUGUACCGCUAUAAUAGACCCUUUUUUUUGUUGUUUUGGUCACAAAAUUUGAAGAAAAAUAACCAUCUGCAUUCAUGCAGGUAGAGGAAUCAACAAUAUUUGUUGUCGGGGUCGCCCGUUGUUCACUCUUGACAUUCUGGUGCGAGAACAAGAUCAGAGCCGAGGACCAUUAGGGAGAUUUAGAGGCCUGCUACUGCUAACAAGAUGGCUCUCUGUGUCUUGCUCACUGUUAACAGGGCACAUUUAUUAUUAUUAUUAUUCUUUUUUUUCCGCCUUGAGCCUUGUGCUGGGUUUUCUCCUCCUACUCCCUCAUGUCACCCAGUGGCCAGUGUGCUGACUCUGUCUGUCCCUUCGUCUACAGCUGUUCCUGUCCUUCCUCCUUCUCUUCCUUGUGAUGUUUUUUUAAUAAUAAAAAAAAAAAGAAAAGAAAAAAACACACACACACACGGGUAAAGGCAUCACCAUCUGUCAGCCAGCUGGUAUCCUGUAUAUAAUCUACCAGAAAGAAGAAAAAAAAAAAAAAAAAAAAAAAGAAUAAACAUGAAAAUUAUAUUACACAAAAACCAGACGGAAACGACCUCCAAAUCCUGCAUAGGCUGCUGCCGAAACGACAGAUCAUUUUACUGUUUUAAUUAACAGAGUAAAAAGGAUGGUAUAAAAAAGUGGUGGGGAAAUAAACAGAGAUGUAUUUCCACUGCUGGAAAAAAUCUAAUAUGAAAGCCGCCUGCUUACUGCAGAGUAGUGGAUCAACACAGCAACAUUUUAGACUUUGUAAAAUAUAUUGCACUUUUGGACUAAAAGCCAUCUCCCGUUAGCGUUCAAUUUGGCGAGAUUUAUGAGACAUUUUAUAUGAAAAGUAGACAAUGAAGCAAUUUUUUAAAAAGUCUCUACUUGAAUUUGUUGCCCUCAGCACUACUAUUCAUUCUAGUCAUACUGCUUAUUUCCACUUGGAUACAGUGCUGUUCAUCUUCAUUGUGCUAUAUUUAUGUUUUUCUUCUGUUUCUGCAUGUCUUAUGCAAAGAUUGAGCUUUUCACUCAGUGAAAUAAAAACAUACUGAAUAACUUUA